AAUAAUAAUAAUAAUAAUCAUUAUUAUUAUUGUUAUUAUAAGAAACAUAGUGUUAGUUACAAGGAAUCUCACUGUACACUAUACUGUUUGUAUGCGUUUGUAAAUGCAAGCACACAUACAAAGAUAUUGACAUUUGAAGACGAAUACAUUUAUAUACAUAAGUGUGCCAAUACAUCAUUAAAAUAAGGACAAUGCCCAAUUGUACAAUAGUUCCCAUUUAUCAAAUCUGAAGAAGACGAAGAAAAAAAAAAUAAAGCGAAAUAUUUAGAUUGAAUCCUUGUCUUUUUAAUGAUUUUCUUCUUUGUUGGUUUGUUUGUAAAUAGAUUGAAAAAUUCUAAUUCAUAUUUGAAUUUAUAAACUGUGUAGCUGGAAAUAAUUCAUUUUCCUUCAGUCUAUUUACAUAUAGAGAUUUAUAAAUACCGUUUUCCUGGAAUAUUCAACGUUAUCUGUACAUAGUAUAUAUAUAUAUUCUCGCGCGCUCACACAAUCACACACACACUCACACACAUACACACUCAUUGUAUGGGAUGAUUUUUUUAUUCCGUUAUAUAUCGGAUGUUUUUAAUAUUUAACAAUCUAUUCAAUAAUAAUGUUUAUUAAUAAUAAGGAUACAGUUAAAAAUUAUCCAUCAUUCAUAAACUGUGAUAUAAACCAAUGAAGUUAAAAAUUAUCAAAUUAUUCUAUUAUUAUUAUCAAUAUUUAUCUUAUAUUAUUCAAAUUAUCAUUCAAUAUGAGAAAUAUUUCAAUUAUUCAAUAAUCAAUUUAUUGAUUCAAUUCAUCAUCAUUAUUCAUUGGAUUCAUUUCAUUCUAUUAAUCAUUAUUAUUAUUUAUUCAUAUUUCACAUUCAAUUAUCAAAUUGAACAAUAUAAUAUACUUGAAAUAAUUUCAGAUAGAUUUAUAUUAUUCAUUAUUCAUUUAUAUAAUAAUAAGAGUUUACAAACCAUCACAACCGCUACUACUACUCAUAUAAUUAUUAGUAGUAUCAUUAUUAUUAGUAGUAGUAGUAUUAGAAGUAGUGUUCUUAUUAUUUUCUAUUAUCAUUCUUGUAUAAAAUCAUUAUGUUUAUUAAAAUUAUGUUCAUAGAAUGGUUAUGGUGGAGAUGGUAUCAUUAUAAAUAUUGGAAAUCAAUUAUUCUAAUCAAUUUUAAAUGGAUUAUUUAUAUGGAUUUAUUGAUUUUAUUAUUCAAUUUAAAUAAAAUUGAAUCCAAUCUUAUUAUUAUGAAAUCAAAUAUGUCUUUCAAUAAUAACAUAUCGAUUAAUUUAUAUCAUAAUAAUAAUGAUAAUAAUAUAAAAAAUCAAUACAUUAUUGAUCAUCAUCAUGAUCCUUAUAAUAAAUCAAAUAUUCAAAUAAUCCAUAAAAUUGAACGUCGAAGUAAUUCAAAACAAUCAGAACAACGACAACAACAACAACAACAACCACAUCAGCAACAACAACAACACCAACAGCCAACUACAAAUUAUUAUGAACCUGAAGAAAUUUUAUCACCAGAUUAUACAUUACCAUAUCAAGAUAUAAAAUGUAUGGAAUUUAUUCAAUCUACUGAAAUUAAAUAUAUAAAAGAUUCAUCAUCCAUGUUAAAUGGAUUUUUUGGUAUGUCUAAUUUACCAAAACGUACAAUUGAAUAUAGUUUUCAAACACCAAAUUAUCCAGCACCAUAUCCAUUGAAUAUUGAAUGUAUUAAAGUAAUUGCUGCACCUACCGAUCAACAUCGUAUUGUGUUACAUUUUCGUGGAACAUUUGAAUUAGAACCUGAAUCACAUUGUACAACAGAUUUUUUAGAAAUAAGAGAUGGUGCUUUUGGAUUUACUACAUUAUUGGGAAGAUUUUGUUCAAAACAAGUGCCUGAUUUAGGCACUGGACUCAUAUCAACUGGUCAAUAUAUGUGGUUACGAUUUCAUAGUGAUUCAACUAUUGCUCAUAGAGGAUUUCAAGCAGUUUAUCGGUUUAUUCAAACAGGUUCACACAAGCCAACGGAUAGUGUUUCACAUGUACAGUUUCAAAUAAAUUUACAACCUGGACAAGCAUGGAAAUUAGAUCAACAGUAUCUAUUAAUGAAAAUGGAAAAAUUAUCACCGAAAAUCCAACAAUUACCAUUAGAAGUGGCCUUAGAUAUCAGAUCGACAAAUGGAACAUAUAUCAUGUUACAUAUUGAUCAUGUACAAGUUCCUCAAUCAGCAGCAUGGAGUUGUCAACCAGAAUCAACUUUUACAAAAUUAACAAGAAUUAAAUGCCUUACUGGUGAACCAAUUGUAUUUGGUUUAGAAAAAAAAAAGAAUGGAAAUGAUAUUACAGACUCAGGUUUAAAUAAAUUAUCAUUACAAGAUCCUUCAUCAAUUAUUGAUGGACAGCAUACAUUUUUCGAAGUAUAUCCAGGUAAAACUAUAUCACAAUUUGUUCCACCAUGUCCUAAAAUUAUCCGAUUCUGUGAUAAAACUUUAGGUAUAUUAAAAUUACCCAAAAAUCAUGGUUCUGAUAGAGAUUUUUAUAUACGUUAUCCACGUCUUAUUAUACGUAUGGUUAUUGCAUCACCAAAUUUAAAACCAGAUUUAUUGGAUACAAUUAAAACACGUCGUGAUUUAACAUACUUUAAUAAUAAUAAUAAUAAUAAUAAUAAUAAUAAUAAUAAUAAUAAUAAUGAUUCUAGAAAUUCCAGUCAUAAUAAUUCAUUGGAAAAGAACAAUCUGAAAUAUUCAUCAACGAUCUUACAUCAUCAUCAUCGUCGUCGUCAUCGUUAUCUUCGUCAAACAGUAAACAUCAUGAAUAAAAUCGAUGAAAAAUUACAAGAAUAUAUGCCUAAAUUUGUUUUUAUAUUAACAAGUUUAAAACAAAAAUCAAUGGAUGGUAAACCAUGUGUCAAAGAUUGGGAAGCAUGUGAUUCAGAAGUUUGUAUACCAAAACAUUUAUGGUGUGAUGAUAUAAUUAAUUGUCCUCAGUGGCAAGAUGAAGGAGGUCACUGUACACGGUCAAGCUUACAUCCAAAUGUAUUAGGUCCUGACGGUCAACUAAUACCAGAUACUAGUAAAAGUGUAUUUGAAUUAAGAAAGGAACAAGAGCAACUUGAAGCGGAAGCAGAACGUUUGGCUGCUCAAAAAUUACAUUUGUCUAUAUUGGCCACUUUAGGUUUAAUAUUGUUGAUUGUCACAUCCACAUGUAUAUUUAUGACUAUACGUCGUCGUCGACGUGAAACAGCACGACAAAUGAUCAAAUCUAAAGAAGAUGAACAAACGAUACAAUCAAGUAAAUUUGAUGAUAGACGUCUAAAAAGAUUAAAUCAUGUUAUGUCUACUGGUGCACUACUAGAAGGAAAUAAUCAUUUGAAAAAGGAUAAUAAUAAUAAUAACUAUAAAAAGAAACCAAUAUUCACUUUAUCUAAUUCAAGUUUAACACAAGAGAUUCAAUAUUUAAAUAACGCUACUAAUAAUAGUAAUAACAAUAACAAUAAUCAAUCAAUAAUGAUGCAUGAAUUGAAAUCUAUGAAAAAAUCUGGCAGUCGUAAUACUACAAUGAUUUGGAAUAGUACUGAUAGUAUUAAUGCACCAUUGCUAUGGCAACGUAAUGUUGAAAAUAUGAAAUCAUCAUCAUCACCAGGUCAAAUGAAUUCAAAUAAAAAUCUUAUUAAAUAUUCAUUCAUUAAAACUAAAGGUAACAAUAAUAAUAAUAAUAAUAAUAGCGGAAAAUUAUCAAAUAAAAAGUUUACUCCUAUUAAACAAUGUUCAACUGAGAAAGAACCUAUUGAAUGUGUUCAAUUUCAAAAUUUUAAUAAUAACAAUAAUACUACUAAUAAUAUUAAGAGUAGUAUUGUUAGUGUAAAUAGUUCAAUGAAUGAACCAAUUAAUUUACCUAAUACAACAAUGAAUUCAAUCAGGACAAUGACAAAUAUUUUACGUGAUAAAUCAACUCAACCAACAUCAUUAACACAUACUUAUGGAUCCUAUCCAAUUACAACUUUUGAACAAACUGAUGUUUAUGAAAGGAAUAAGCAUAAUUUAAAUACAUUUGUACAAAAACGAAUUAUUGAACAACAACAACAACAACAACAAGAACAAUCUAAAAGAAGUGGAAAUAAAACAGAAUCACAUUCUGUAUUGUCUAGUCCACAGAAUCGUGGAAAUUGGAUUGCAACUAAUAUUUAUCCUAAAAUAGAUAAAGAAUUACCUAUAUUAACUAAUACACAUUUAUCACCAACUGAUCAUGAUUUGAAACAAAGAAUACCUAAUAUAAACAAUACCAUUAAUCGUACACAAUCAUGGGGUGGUGGUCUACGUUAUAAUAAUAAUAAUGUAUAUAUAUAUUGUCAACAAGAUAAUCAAUCACCAUCCAUGUAUAAAAUACAAAAUUUACCUCAUUUCAAACCAUCACAACUAUCAUCUAUACCAAAAUGUCAAUUAUAUUCUAUUAGUAAUAGUCAAGAUCAUUUAUAUCGUAUAAAAAGAUCUGAUACAUAUGUCAGUAUGCCUGAUGUUAAUGGAUUACAUAAUAAUAAUGAAUUAUUAAACAAUCAACUAACAAAUUAUCAUCAUAAAAUGUUAAGUAAUGCUAAACAAAUUAUUCCUAUCACAUCGACAACAUUAACCAGUGGAGUUGGAUUAUUCAAUAUUGUUACAUGUUCAACAACUUGUACAGGACAAUUAAUUACAUCAUCUAAAGAUUAUCGACCACCACAAGCUAAACGUCCACGUAUUAUCAAUUCGUUCAUAUCAUCCAAUGUUACAUCAAAUAAUGAUAAUAAUAAUAAUAACAACAAUGUUGUUAGUAAUAUGAAUAAAUUAUCUAGACAUGCAACUCCUAUACAUAAUGAGAAUAAUUUUAAUAACACAGUAACAUCACAUCUUACUACUACUACGAUUACUAUUACUACUACUACUACUACUAAUAGUAGUAGUAGUAGUGAUAAGGGUAGUAUUAGUAGUAAUCCUUAUAGUGGCAGUGAACGUUCACAUGUACUUUUAAAUCCUAACUAUCAACACUUACAUCAUCAGCAUCAUCAUUCACAGUCACCACAUCAUCAUCAUCAUCACCAUCAUCAAAUUCUUUAUCCAUCAGUUGGGAUACAGAAUGUUUUAUUGACUGAUGACAAGUUGUCAUGUAAUAAACGAAUUUAUGGUUUAAAUGAUUUUCAAAAAAAUAUGUUAAUGUAUGGAUCGAACACUUCAACAGUUGAUAAUAUUCGUACAAAUAUAGAAAGAUAUAAAUAUCACAAAGAGAAUAAUGAUGACGAUGAAGAAGAAGAAGAGGAUGAAGGAUCCACUGAGGAAAGAGAAGGUGAUUGUGAGAAAACAAAAAAAUCAAGAAGAACUAAUCUUAUCGUAGCUACUGACCAUGUGGAUGAUGAUGAUAACGGAGACGAAACAACUUUGUCCAGGACAGAUUCGAAAAAUAGUUUAGAGUUGUUAAAGGGAGAGGAUGAAACAGAUAUGGAAAACUCAGAAAAUUCACCAGUCAAUAAUUCAACUUCCAUAUCUGAAACAGAUACAUCGCAAAAUGCUUGUAGUACACAUGAAGAACCAAUCAAGAUUACAGUUUAUCAAUCUGAACCUUACGGACAUCGAACUAUUAGCCAUUCAUCAUUAUCACCGACAAAAUCAAUUUCUCCACAUUCUUCUCCAAAGCAUCAACAACAACAUCAUCGUCAUCAUCAUCAUCAUCAUCAAUAUAAACCAAAAUAUGUAACUGAUAGAGACAAAAGUAUUCAUUUACAAAUUAGAUCAGAUGAUCAAAAUAUUUCUGAGACAUCAUCUGAUUUAAUCUAUGAAUAUGAAGCCUAAAAAAACGAAUAUAAAAGUGCCUAAUACAUAUACAUACAUAUAUUAUUUCGAUAUACCUUCAUAAACAUUUGAAAGCACUUAAUAGACCUUCUGAGAAUAGUGCAUUUCUAUGCCUUAAUGAUAGAGUUACUACUAUUACGACUAUUAUUAUUAUUCUCAUUAUUAAUCAAAUGAAUAAUAGUGAUUCCCCAAUCAAAUCUCUAUCACAUGAUAUAAAUAUUUUUAUUCAAUACAACUGAUUAUGUAACCGAGUGUGUUCGUCCCAUGGUAACAAAAAAAAAGAAAAGAAGAAAGACAAAACAUACUUACAUAUGCUUAAACCAAUAAAAAAUAAACAACUUUGGUAAUGAGAAUAUUAAUCAUUUUAAAACACUAAUUCCCCCUCUUCCCCGCUGAAAAACAAACAAACAAGCAAAUCAAUUAUUUUUAUUUUAUUUAGGUUUUUGUUUCAAAACAAAAAUAAACAAAAUCUCAUUAGAAAUAGUAAAACGAUUACAAAGUAGGAUAGAUUAAAAUAUACAAAAAAAAAUAACAUUUUGUUUUUCAUAACCAUUUUUAGAAGAUUUCUUGGUAUGUCAUUGACAUCGCUUUCUCUUUUUGUAUUGUUUCCAUGAUAACCUGUUUACUACUUCUUCUUUUCUUUUUAUUGGUUGGUUGGUCAAACUGUACACUGAUUAUUGUAAUUUGACACAUAAAACACCCCACCAUUCUCACCUAAACCUCUUCUAAUUAUGCAUACAAAUCUUUACAAAAUAGAUAGAUUCAAAUUAAUACCAAUGGGAAAUCAGUAAAUCAGAAUAAAGAUGGUGUAUAAUUGUUGUGCGUGUGUGCACAUAUUUGUGUAGAGGCAGAUUAAAAAUAAGAAAUAAAUCCUGGUGACAA